AUGUCUGAAGAGUCAUCAGCGGAUCGAAAUGUCGAAAUUUGGAAGAUCAAGAAACUGAUUAAGAGCUUGGAGAUGGCGAGAGGCAAUGGAACAUCAAUGAUUUCACUGAUCAUCCCACCAAAGGAUCAGAUCUCGCGAGUCUCUAAAAUGUUGGCAGAUGAAUUUGGAACAGCCUCUAACAUCAAGUCGCGCGUCAACAGGCUCUCUGUGCUUGGAGCUAUCACCUCUGUGCAGCAUCGACUCAAACUUUAUACUAAAGUGCCACCAAAUGGUCUAGUCAUCUACUGUGGUACGAUUGUCACUGAGGAGGGCAAAGAAAAGAAAGUGAACAUUGAUUUUGAGCCGUUCAAGCCUAUCAAUACAUCCCUGUACUUAUGUGACAACAAGUUCCAUACUGAAGCGCUCACUGCAUUGCUGGCUGAUGACAAUAAGUUUGGCUUCAUUGUGAUGGAUGGUAAUGGAGCACUGUUUGGUACACUGCAAGGAAACACUAGAGAGGUGCUCCACAAGUUCACCGUAGACCUGCCUAAGAAGCAUGGCCGUGGUGGUCAGUCUGCGUUGCGUUUCGCCCGUCUUCGAAUGGAAAAACGUCACAACUACGUGCGCAAAGUUGCAGAGGUUGCUACGCAAUUGUUCAUCAGUGCAGACCGUCCCAAUGUGGCAGGACUGAUCUUGGCUGGUUCUGCUGACUUCAAGACUGAACUGUCUCAGUCCGAUAUGUUUGACCCACGUCUCCAAUCCAAAAUCAUCAAGCUGGUGGAUGUGUCAUAUGGAGGAGAGAAUGGUUUUAACCAGGCCAUUGAGCUCGCGGCAGAAUCGUUGCAGAAUGUCAAGUUUAUCCAGGAGAAGAAGCUGAUUGGGCGCUAUUUUGAUGAGAUCUCACAAGACACGGGCAAAUACUGCUUUGGAGUGGACGAUACAUUGCGCGCCCUUGAACUUGGCUCUGUGGAGACGCUCAUCUGCUGGGAGAACCUUGACAUACAGAGAUAUGUUCUGAAGUCGCAUGCUACCAACCAGGAGACCAUCUUACACCUAACACCUGAACAGGAGAAGGACAAGUCCCACUUUACUGAUAAAGAGAGCGGGGUUGAGCUUGAGUUGAGUCAGGAGGGCAGUCAGUUUGUGAGAGGAUUUGGUGGUAUUGGAGGUCUGCUCCGCUACAAAGUGGACUUCCAGUCGAUGCAGCUCGAAGACGAAGAGAUUGACAACCUGUACGACGUCGACGACUACUAG